AAGCCAUUCAAGACUUUCAUACAGACAGACACAGACCAAGAACAAAACCAUGGAUACCCAAGCCACAAUUGACCCCACCGAUCUCUUCUCCGCGAAGGGACUGGUGGUAGUCAUCUCCGGCGGUGGCAGCGGAAUCGGCCUCUCCUUCGCCGCCUCGCUGAUCAAAACCGGCGCCGCGCGAGUCUACCUCCUCGGCCGGCGAGCCUCAGUCCUCCAAGACGCAGCGGCAAGCCUAGGCGCGACCGCAACCGCUCUCGAAUGCGACGUGACGGACGCCUCGUCCAUCUCGCGCGCGGCUGCACAAAUCACACAGGAAACCGGCUACGUGGACGUACUGAUCAACAACGCCGGGAUCCUGGGCCCCGACCACAAGCCCGCUAACACAGCCAGCACCAUCGACGAGCUGCAGAGCACUUUACAAGCCAACUGGGGCGAGUGGGACGCGACCUUCGCCGUGAACGCCAGCGCCGUCGUCGGCGUCUCGGCUGCGUUCCUGAAGCUGCUCGACGCCGGGAACAAGCGCCGCGGGUGGCCCGCGGGCCGGCCGCUGGCGGAGGAUGAGCCGCGCGUGCGCGACGCUGUCGCCGGGCGCGCGCACGGCAUCGCGGACGACGACCAGCGCAGCAGCCAGAUUAUCACCGUGGCCAGCAUCGCGGGCUUGAAUCGGUAUAUCACAGCCGGAUUGGCGUAUAGCGGGAGCAAGGCCGCCGCCAUUCAUUUGAGUAAAUCGCUGGCGCAUUUGUUGGCGCCCUGGGGGAUUCGGUGUAAUGUGGUGAAUCCUGGAAUCUUCCCGUCGGAUAUGACGGCGGGGUCGCAGGAUACGUAUGGCUAUAAACAGGUUCCCGCGGGACGGAAGGGGAGUUUCCAAGACGUCGCGGGGACGAUUCUGUAUUUGGUUGGGAAGGGCGGAGCGUACAUUAAUGGGAACAUCCAGGUCGCGGAUGGAGGGCGGUUGUCGGUUAUGCCGGCUACAUAUUGA